CACAUCUCCUCCGGCCAGCUCCUCUCAGUGGACGGAGGAUGUGAUGGAGUCCGGGCGAAUCUGCGGCACCGACACACGAGCACCGACGCCCGGGAGCAGUGAUCGAGAGUCGGUGCGUGAGGCCGUCGGGGGUCACCAGGAGAACCCAUGGAGCCGUUCAUCAUGACCUUGCACUCCUCCUCCCCUCCUCCACUGGAUGAGGAUGGCGACGGGGAGGCUGGCACAGAGGACGACGAGUUCGGAGACUUCGGGGGGUUCUGCUCCCCCCGAGGCGAUGCAGAUCCCACUGAGCCACCGUCCACCCUCAGAGAACCUUCUCACGCCCUGAAGGCUGCCACCCAUCCACCCAGCUGCAGCUUCCAUCCCCCAGCAGAACCCAGUGGAAGCUCAGGUUCUGAAGGGGACCAGAUGGAGGCGGAGACGAAGGAUUGUGAUGCUGAAUCAUCUUUGCACCUCACAAACGGAUACGCUGGAGGAGACCACACUGCUGGGACCCAUGGUGCUUCGAGUACCUUCUCUCCUGAGGAGGAAACAGGCUUUGCUGAUUUCACUGUGUUUACUGAGCAGGCAGCUCAACCCUGGUGCUGCGGCCUCUCUCCCCUGAACAGCACCGAGACGUGGGCGGAACAGACAUGUGAUCCGGGUCAUGAGGUUGUUCUGGACUCUGAGCCCAGGUCUCAUUGUGCAUCUGAGUCUAAAGGGAAUGUUUGCACUAAGGUCGAGCACUGUGAGGAACGACAUGCAGCUCAGGACCCCCCCCAGCCUCAGAGAGCUGCAGCAGCUUUUGGAUUUCCAUCUCCUCGGCCUCAUGUCCGAGAGGAGGGUGUAGGCGAGCGUGGGGACAGAUGGAGGGACGCAAGGCAUUGUUUGAAUUAUGUACAAACCUCUGAGGAGCCGGAGGACAGAGACAGGAGCGUUUCUACUGUCCCUCAAAUCAUCAGUGUGUGCGAGUCGGCUUCAGAGGACCUGGACUCUGUCGGGGAGGACUUCUCAUUCGAAGGUGUUUCUGCUGACCUGGAACCAAUUGUUUCAUCUCUGGCUUCGCAAGACGAUCAGUCUGACUGGGACCAGACCGAUGCUGAGGAUGAAGAACUGGGAAACAAAUGGCAUUCUGACUCUUUUGGCAACAGCAGCCGCAGAGAGGCAGAUCUCAGCCAAACAGAAGCAGAGCAGGCUUUGGGUCACUGCGACCAACCUGCGACUCAGGAAACCUCUUCUACCUCCAACCAGUCACAGUCUGUGACAUACACAGGAUACGGGUUCGCAGACUUCGAUGACCGAGGUUCUGACUGUGUCCAAGCUGCUGAUGUGAGUGUGGAGAGUCUGGGGAGCCUCCCGCCCAGUGACAGCUUUGCUGAUUUCUGCUCAGCACCCACACAGGAGGCUGGAGAAGGGUCGUGGGCCGAGUUCCAUGAUCAGAAGGAUGAAGAGGAGGGAAGUCAGCGGCCGGACCGAGCCAGCAGCCUUCAGAGCGACGGGUCCACAGAGGAAGAGCAGGACAGGGUGGGACACUGUGGAGCUUCAAGGAGAAGCAGCUGUCAGGUGUCGUUAUCCUGCCGUGUCCAGCAGAUCCUCUGUGCCAGUUUCCCUGAGGUGGUGGUCCCAACUCUGGACAGUGAGGAGGAGGAGGAGGUGCUGAGCCUCUGUGCUCAUCUUCACACCCGACACCUCCCAGAGAGUGAGGAGGAGAAGAAGCCAGAACUCAGCGGUGCUCAGAGGGUUCUCCGGGGCCUGUGGUGGCCUCACCGAGACGCCCACAGUGCGGUUGGCCUUCACUUCCAGUGGAGCGGCUCCCACACCAACAGGACUCUGCUCAGGUGUCUCAGUGUGGACACAAGAAACAUUUUGUUCAUCGGCAUGAAGAAGCAGCCAGUAGCUGUUCCUGCUUUCGCAUCCAGCCUGGGAAUGCUUGAGCCAACCAAAGAUGCUGAAGCAGCUGUUUGUACUUCAGGAUACGCAGCAGUCACAGCACGGGAACCUGCAGGGCCACAGAACCAGCAGGGCCCCUCCACCAACUCAGUGCAGGGGGCGCUCCCUUCCAGCCAGCGGGACUGGAGCAGCCGAGGCCUUAGCAGCUCUCAGGACGGAUGCUGUGCUCUCAACCUGGAUUAUUUUGGUCCAGAUGAGGAGAGCAGAUCCAGAUCCAGAUCCAGCAGCAGUCCACCUCCAGGGGUCGACCGGGACCUGUACGAGUUGACCAUCAGCAAACUGGAAACCAGCACCAACAGCUGCCACCUAGUGGACACUUUGAAUCGACUGAUGUCUGAUGCAGAGAAGACGAGCACCUCGGUCAGUAGGAAAGCUCCAGAGGACGAGGAGCUGAGUGCUGAGGCUGGACGGCUGAUCGCUGGACUUCCUGACUUGUCCUUCAUGACGGCCAAAGUCCUCAUGUUCCCAAGUGUCCUCGUACCUGCACUGUGAUGAUGUUUCUUUUCUACACACACAGAAUGUAAAUUGUGACGGGGAAGUUGUUCUCCACCUUCUCACCAUCUUCUGUCUCCUUUGUAGUUAGACGGAAUAAUAAAUAAUCUUUCAUGUCAGGGUAAAAUAAUCACUACAGUGCAAAGAAGCAGGUGUUUCAAUCAAUCUUACUUUUACUCUCCUCAAGUGUUGUGGUGGUUUUCUGUUUAAACACGUAUUUAUUACAUCAAACCCACUAAAUUAAGUUAUGUUUGACUUUGUGUUAUUUUUUGAUGAAAAAUCCAUUGUAGACAAAUUAUAAUAUAUUUAGCUGAUCAUAAUUGUGUUGAAUGAAAAAGAGUGUUUCCCUUUACUGUUUUCUCUUUUCAAGUUGUGAUUCAACUUUUAAGAUUUAUGUUUGAGUUUUCGAAUCUACUUUAACUCGUCUUUCUAUCUUCUUUUUUUUACAUUAAUAUAAUUCUACAGCAUGUAAUGAAGCAAACUCAGCACAAUAAAAUAAAGCAAUAGGAACUCCUA